AUGACGUUUGAUGUGACGAGCUACACUGCGGCGCAGCAGCAGCGGCUGGAGGAAAUACGUCGCGCGACGGAGAAGGAGCGGGCACUACUCGCCCUGUACGCGGGCAAGUUGGCGUCCGGCACGCAGGCGGCCCCCAGCCCUCCCGCGGACGACAGUCAGGCCCUGUCGGGCCCCAGCGACGGCGGGCGAUGGGCCUCGAUGAACGACAGGGCCAUGGAGCUGCACGCGUUGGAUGAGAAGUUGCUGUUGGAGGAGCGGGAGGUGGAGCGUCAGACGUCUGAGCUCGACCGACGCCUGCACGCGGCGGAGCGAAGAAAGACGGAAUUGCUGUCGCGCCUCGCCGCUCUCCAGCACCGGGAGGCGCUCGUAAAGAAGGAGGAGGGGCUCCUGGAGGAGGUGGAGUCCGGUGCUCAGCGGGCGUCGCGGGAGCUGGAGGCCUUCUCGCAGGGGCUGAAUGAGGAGCAGCGCGCCAUGGAGGCACGAGUGAGUGAGAAGCGUGCCCGUCUCCUCGCGGCGAAGUCGGCCGCGCGUGAACAGCAAAGAAAGAGGGAGGCGUUGGAGGCACGUGGUCGUGUGCAGUUAGAGGAGGUGCAGGAUCGCCUCCGGGAGCACCGCAUGGAACAUGCAAGGCUCAGCAGCGCAGUGGGUGACAAGGAGAGGUGGCUGCGGCAGGAGCAGUCCCGCCUGCGAGAGGCGGAGCUCGCCGCCAUUUACCGACUGAAGAAGGACAUUGAGCUCAUGGCGAUCUCCUUGGACAACUCCGCGGGGCGCCGCUGA